AUGCCACUAGGCAGGCGUGACAAAAGCCUCCAAAAAAAAAGAGAAGCAGCAGCUGCUGUCUGGAUGAGGAACAUUGUCUGCCUACAAUUCUAACAGUGUCUAAUCAACCACAAUCACACGGCUGAAAUCAGCAAAUCCCCCAGGGAAACCAUUUCUGCAUUAGACGACCCUUAAAGGCACUGCUAUGUGGAUACUUGGUAGCAAUGACUGAUGUGGAAUCUACAUAUGCAGAUUUCAGAGCCUCUGGGAGAACGGGAAGAAGAAAUGCUCUGCAUGAUAUACUCACCUCAGCAGGAGGGAACACAAGUGAACUAGCCAUAAAGUUAUCAGAGCUUGACAUAAACAAAUCAGAGGGUGGUGAAGAAAAUGAACAAGCAACUCCAAGUGAGAAAACCACUGAUGAACAAAACCAAGCACCAAAACAGGAAAGCUAACCACUCCGUGUGAUAGCUUUUAAACUAGUCAUAUCUGUGAUAAGCCUCAAAGCAAUAUGAAAUUCGCUAGCAUCAAAAGCAAAGAGUACCGAAUAGAUGCCAGAAAUGACUGGAUCACAUCAAAGAAAUGGCUGGCUCUGAAGUUGUGGGAAGGAAUGUUUCCCAAUUUUAUCAUAAGCAAUGGCUGAUGUGUGGACAGAGUUCACGUAAUCACACGAGAUGUUAUUGAAACACCACGGCUUGCCACAAAAAUUCUUGUUGUGGCAUAGAAGCCCAUGAAGGGUUAAAUUCUAUGCUGUUGUAAAGGCUUCCACAAAUUUUUACAACGCUAGUCAAUAUUCAGAUUUCCCAAAUGUAGAAAAAAAGUAAGAUGAGAAAAAAAAUUCAAGAAUAUUGUACUUGUGUUUCAAUAGCUUUGUUGUUUACAGAUGUUUUGUACGGUUCAUUUUAAUAAGCUACACUGACCUGUUUAAGAUGUGCACACGUCAAAUGGUUAUCACUCAAAUGAAGGGCUGGAUAUUACUAUUCAACGGAUCCUUUAAUCACCGUGAAAUUCAUACAAUUUCAUCACCAUAGUCCUAUUACUCAAACAAGCAGUUUUCUAGAACAAUACACUGUCUAAUUCAGUAGCCGUUUAAUUCACUGUGUCAUGUGAUUUGUCAGUUUAAAUUUUCACUGUGGCUUAGAUGUUUAAACAAUGGGGAAGCCAAUUUUCACAGGACAAUUUUUCACAAAAUUGCAAAUGAAGUUCACAGAUGUUUGUUACUUUUUUUACCUUCUACAAAAUCAAAUCUGUAUGUGUGAGGUUUUUUUUUUGGCUGAAUAGUUACACAAGGGGGUAAUGCACUACAAUAAUGGAUAAAAUGCACUUAGGAAGUGUGUGGUGGUAUCCUGGCACACCAAUUCCUUCCAGAAUCAGUAUUGAUUUCUAACACUGUACUUGUUACAAAUGUAAUAGUGCACUUUUUAAUGUUUGUACAUUUUAAUAAUGAAUAGUGUGGUUGUUUAUCAGUUAUAAAACCCAAUAAAGUUAGCUA